AUGAGGAGCCCUGGGGGCCCAGCUGGGCAUCAAAAAGGCCGCGUACAGAACAAGCAGAGCCAGACAGCCUGCCUCUGUGCCCAGCAGCCUGCCAGAUACCCUGGACCUGCUCCCUUCAACUUGCCCAGGCUGGGCAAGUACACAGCCCUGUCGUCAGAGGCCUUGCUCUCCAGCGUGAUUGCGCCCACACUGCUCUGUGCCUUUCUGUACUUGGCUUGUGUUGAGGCUGAACUUCCAGAGGUGAGCGGAGGGAUGGCCACCGGCAGAGCCAGCAGCAAGGAAGGCCAUCGGGAGCAUGCCUUCAUCCCAGAACCUUUCAAUGGGGCUAACGUAGCCCCCAGUGUUUGGCUACACCGCUUUGAAGUUAUUGAUGACCUCAACCACUGGGACCAUACCACCAAACUGAGGUUCUUGAAAGAGUCGCUCAGAGGAGAUGCCCUGGAUGUCUACAACGGGCUCAAUUCCCAGGCCCAGGGUGACUACAGUUCUGUGAAGGAGGCUCUUCUGAAGACCUUUGGGGACUCUGGGGCCGCCCACGGUCAGAAACCCAGAGAGAUUCUGUUUGCCAACAGCAUGGGUAAGGGCUACUACCUUAAAGGGAAGAUCGGCCACGUGCCUGUGAGGUUCCUGGUGGACUCUGGGGCUCAGGUGUCUGUGGUACACCCAAGCUUGUGGGAGGAGGUCACUGAUGGUGACCUGGACACCCUUCGGCCUUUUGAAAACGUGGUCAAAGUGGCCAAUGGAGCCGAGAUGAAGAUCUUGGGUGUGUGGGACACAGAAGUGACCCUGGGCAAGCUGAAGCUGAAAGCACAGUUUCUGGUGGCCAACGCAAGUGCAGAAGAAGCCAUCAUCGGCACCGACGUCCUGCAGGACCACAAUGCCGUGCUGGACUUCGAACACCGCACCUGCACUCUGAAAGGGAAGAAGUUCCGCCUGCUGCCUGUAGGGAACUCCUUGGAGGAUGAGUUUGACCUGGAGCUCAUUGAGGAGGAGCCUUCCGAGGGCUCCCACUAAGAAACCCCUUUCUUUGCCCCCAGGGUUGGUGGUGGGACCUUGUGUGGAUGUCCUCAGGGGGUGUCGUUGGGCCUGGCUAGCCUUUCCACUUGUUCUCAGCUUUCUUCCUUCUGCAGGA